AUGCACUCAACCCUCUCGAAACUCUGUCGGGCAGAGGGCCAGGGUCUGACUUGCUAUCCAAAUCCAAUUCGCAAGAUGACAACGCGUUUCAACAUUCCUCGCUCAACACUACAAGCCCGGGUGAACGGCGUUACCGUACCAGUGUCUUCCUUUGGCACCCAUUGUGAAGCUCAAAUUUCGGCGCUAUUCCUCUGA